AUGUCAAGAAAAGCUUGGAGUUUUGUUAAUAAUCUUUUAGAAAAAGAUAAUUUGGACAUUUAUUUAAAUCAUAAUCAAGUAUCAAAAUUACGAAUAAUAGCAAGUAACUCUGGAACAGAUGAUUUACAAUAUUCUACUGAAUAUUCUGACGAUAAUACCGACUUAGAACAAACGACGGAAGAUGAUAACCAAAAUAAAAGUGGUUGUGAAUCUAGUGAAGAAAUAAUGAAUUCAUCAUCCACAGAUUUUAGUUCGGAAUCCGAUCAUAAUGAAGAUAACAACAAUGAUCGCAGUAGUGAAGAAAUAGAACUAACACUAGAUGAUGCCAGAGAAGUUAUCACAUCUAUUACUAAUGUUUUACUUAAAUGUCGCAAACUUGUGAAUCAUUUUCGAAGAUCCACUAAACAAACCGGAUAUUUGAAAAAAAGAAUUGGUAAAACAUUAAGAUGUCAUUCAUUAAUUAUUGAUUGUCCGAUACGAUGGAACAGUUCGUUUUCGAUGAUCGAUCGUCUAAUUACAUUAAAAAAUCAUAUUAAUGCCAUAUUAAAUGAUACAAAUAAACAAAAUACGAAAAAAGUCGCCAAAAUUUAUUUAACAACAUUCGAAUGGUCUAUGAUUGGUGAUUUACAUAAAUUAUUAAAACCAUUCAAAAUUGUAGUUAAAGAACUUAGUGGAUCUUAUUAUCCAACGUUGUCGAAAGCAUAUAAUGCUCUACGAGCACUUCGGGUUUUAUUAAAUACAAGUGAAUCAAAUGAUUCAGCUGAUAUGAAAGUAACGAAAAAGUUAUUGUUAGCGUAUUUGAACCGUUACUUUCCUCCGAACGAAACAAAUGAGCAGUAUUGUUUAAUGAGAGCUUGUGCAUAUCUUGAACCAAAGCAACAUUUAGCACUUACAAACGCAGACAUCUUGAAAGCUGAACAAUUUCUAACCGAACUAUUUAUUGAAUAA